UGUGCCCCUUUCUCUUAAGACGUGCUGAUAAUAGUGCCUAUUUCAGAGGAUUGGCAUAAGGACUCAGUGAUAAAAGUGCUCAGCACAUAAAAUAGGGAAAGUGGCCGUUGGGAGAGGGUCAAAGACGCUCCCGCGCCUCUGGGCAGCCACUCACCACUCACGGAAGUGUGAAGAGCGAUUGACUCCGAGUUUUGGCUUCUCUAUUGGCUGCCACUCGGAAGGGAAAAGUCUCUUGGCCUUGGCAGCACCGUUCUCUGGCUCUGGCUGCUCUGGGAGCUGCGUGGGGACAGGGACCUGCUCAAACCAUUGGUAUAUAUACCCCAGGGCCCUAUAUGGGACAGGUGCCCAUGGGGUGGACAAUGAGGCUGGUGACAGCAGCCCUGUUGCUGGGUCUUGUGACGGUGGUGACAGGAGACGAGGAAGAAAAUGAUCCAUGUAUCUACGAGUCCCUGUCGGACGAAGAUGCUGUCAUGUGCAAGGGCCUUGAAGUUUACUACCCAGAGGUGGGGAACAUUGGCUGUGAGUUUAUUCCUGACUGCAGCAACUUCAGACAGAAGAUCACCUACUGGCCUGAGCCGAUAGUCAAGUUCCCUGAGGCCUUGGAUGGUGCAACCUAUAUCCUGGUGAUGGUGGAUCCGGAUGCCCCUAGCAGGACAGAACCCACAAAGAGAUUCUGGAGACAUUGGCUGGUGUCAGAUAUCAAGGGUAUUGACAUGAAGAAAGGGAAGAUUCAGGGCCAGGAGCUAUCGGCCUACCAGCCGCCCUCCCCACCGCCACACACUGGCUUCCAUCGCUACCAGUUCUUUGUCUACCUUCAGGAAGGAAGGGUCAUCUCGCUCCUUCACAAAGAAAACAAAACCCGAGCCUCUUGGAAAAUGGACAAAUUUCUGAACCGCUUCCAUCUGAAGGAACCCGAAGCAAGCACCCAGUUCAUGACCCAGAACCAGCAGGACUCACCAAGCCUCCUGAAUGCUGGAGGAGGGGACAGUGAGUCCAAGAACAAACCCAAACAUAAUUAACUCCCUGCUAGACUGCAGGCUCCUCCCUCCAGGCCUGUGUCCACAUUGCCCAGCACGGAGGGCCUGACUACACAAGCCCCUCUGGGUUUGGAACCCCUGCUCUUCCAGAUUAAAAAAAAGAAA